GCCCGCGAGGGAGGCUGGGAAGUGGGCUGUGGCCGCCGCCGGGUGAGUUCAGGGUUGGGGUCUUGCGAAAGUGAGUGUAGGCUCAAGAUAGGGAGGAGCGCGAACUCCUGAGAAGCCGGCAAGGUACAUCUGGCCCCUGCGCGGACAUGUUGUCGCCGUGGAGGGAGAGCAGCUGGUUCCACGACAUGGAGAGCGCGGAGGCGGAGGAGUGCAGACAAGAACAUUGGAAGCUUUUGGGUGCCUUGAAGACCACUGUGGAGGGGUUGCUAUCAACCAACAAUCCCAAUGUUUGGUCCAAAUAUGGAGGAUUGGAGCGACUCUGUAAGGAAAUGAACAACAUCAUGUCCCAUGGGCUUCUGGAAGACAAGAUAUAUAUACAGCACAAAGAUUACUGGCCAUUUGUGAAAGAUGUCUGCUGGGUCAGUCCUCACCUUGCUCACCAUAUUGAACAGUUGAUGGAUACUGACCAGUCUGUCUCGAAGAGUAAUCUUCAGAAAGCACAAUACUGGCUCCACCACAGCCUUCAGUUCCAUUGUCUGUCAUCGCAGCUAAGACCUUUGCUCAGCAACUACAAGUAUUCAAAGAAAUUCUACAAAGACACUGCCUUUUUGUUGAGUGAUCCCCAUGUGACUGCAAUGUUCCAGUGUCUGGAGGCUGUGGAACAGAAUAAUCCUAAAAUAUUAGCUCAGAUUGACACGUCUGUGUUUGCAAGGAAAUUUGGUUCCCAUUUACCAAUGGUGAAAAGCCAAAGUUUGACUGCACUGCCUGGUAUCAAGGGCACCUCCUUUGCAGAAGGAUGUCAACGCAGACAUGCAGACUCGUAUACUACUCUCUUAGGUCAUUCUACUUUCAACAUUUCAGGUGCUACAUCGCAAAGUUUCAUUAAUAUGAAUAACACCCAGCAAGACAUCAGAAAGAAGGUUAAUUUGCCUUGCUUUGCAGAUUCCACAGACCAAAUGAUGCAAGAUGAAGGCUCUGGCACCCACCAGUUCAAUAUCAUUCCGUCAGCAGAACCAUUUUCCCCAGUCAGUGAGACAACAGUUAGUACCCCAGUUAGCCAUGGUGAGGAUUCAUGGGGUGAAGCACAAGAUGAAGGAUCAUGUGAAAUGGACGAUGGACCAGAAUAUUUGGCUAUUGGAAACCUGGGACACAGGGAUCAAAGUUCAAGUCAGUGCAACAAUAGCUCAUCUUCCUAUUCUGGAAGUUCACAGCAAUUUGCUCCUACCAUAGGGCAAGUUCCUAAAGUUAACAUUAUCUGCAGUGCAUCUCUACUGAGCAUUCCAAGAAGUUCCAGCUUCUCUGAAAUCAAGACUCUGGAACGAAAGGGAGGCUUCAAGAAAAGCCACAUCAGAUCCCGUUCUGAUACUGGUAUAUCAUCAACAAAUCCACCAGGAGACCUCCGGAAAAUCACAAUUAUAGUAGAGGACCCAGUGGAAGAAUCGCAUUCGGGGAUUAGACACCAGAAGGAGUGUGGUCCUUUCUCAGGACAGAGCAGUGAAGUCAGCACUCCAAGCUCCCCUUACAUGGAAGCUGAUGCUGCACAGCAUGCAAACAAUUCUGAUGGCAUGUUUCGCCGACCAUCACAGGGUCAGUCUCUGAUCAGCUAUCUUUCAGAACAGGAUUUUGGAAGUUGUGCUGACUUGGAAAAGGAGAAUGCCCACUUCAGUAUCUCUGAAUCAUUAAUUGCGGCCAUUGAACUUAUGAAAUGCAAUCUAAUGAAAAAACAAAUGUUGGAGGAUGAUGAAGAUGACAGUGACAAAGAAAUACGGGAAUUAAAACAGAAAAUUCGAAUUCGACGGCAACAGAUCCAAACAAAAAAGCUCCCGCUUGGAGUUGGCAAAGCUGAGUCGGACACUUUUACCACCACUGAAAGCGGAUCUCCUUUCAGUUCCUAUGAUUCUGCACCAUUAUCAGAUUCUGGAUCCACAACUGACGGAGUAGACGAAUUUGAGUUAAAAGAUUGUAUUGAUGAGUCCAACCUCAUACAUAUGUCAGCGAAUGGGCUCUCAGCAUCAAUGGCAUCAUUGUUUUCAGAUGCUGAUAUUAGGAGGAGUCUGGCUUCAAGCGCCAAGUCAGUAACGAACUCCGAGCCCAUUUCAUUUUCAUUCCUUCAUUCCAACUCGGCUGAGGCUGUUGCUAUGGGUCUGCUGAAACAGUUUGAGGGCAUGCAACUUCCUGCUGCAUCUGAACUGGACUGGUUGGUCCCAGAGCAUGAUGCUCCUCAGAAGCUUUUGCCAAUUCCAGACUCCUUUCCAGUGUCUCCUGAUGAUGGUGAGCACGCUGAUAUUUACCAGCUACGAAUCAGAGUCCGUGGAAAUUUGGAAUGGGCACCACCUCGGCCACAAAUAAUUUUCAAUAUUCACCCGUCCCCCAAGAGAAAGGUGGUUGUUGCCAAACAAAAUUACCGCUGUGCAGGAUGUGGUAUCCGAACAGACCCAGAAUAUAUAAAGAGACUACGUUAUUGUGAAUAUCUUGGAAAGUACUUCUGCCAGUGCUGUCACGAGAAUGUGCAGUCUGUUGUUCCAAGCCGAAUAUUACGGAAAUGGGAGUUCAGCAAAUAUUAUGUCAGUAAUUUUUCUAAGGAUUUGUUGAAUAAAAUUUGGAAUGAUCCACUUUUCAACGUUCAAGACAUGAACAGUGCGUUAUAUCGGAAGGUGAAGGCCCUCGAUCAAGUUCAUAUGCUGAGAAUGCAGCUGGUUCACAUGAAGAACCUGUUAAAAACAUGUAGACUGGCAAAAAAGCUUCUGGAUAAUUUUGACAGGGAACCAGGUCAUCUCACUGAAGAUCUUCAUCUCUAUUCCCUCAACGAUCUCACAGCUAUAAAAAAGGGGGAGUUGGCUGGAAGGCUGAAGUACCUCGUGAAAAUAGGAUCAGCACAUGUGGCACAAUGUGUGCUUUGUCAGGCUAAAGGCUUCAUCUGUGAAUUCUGCGGUAAUGAUACAGAUAUCAUCUUCCCUUUUGAGCUCCACAAAUGUAAAAGAUGUGAAGAAUGUAAAGCAUGUUACCACAAAUGCUGUUUUAAAUCAGACCACUGUCCUCGUUGUGACCGGUUUCAGGCACGUAAAGAAAUGCUUGCUAAACAAACCAUAAAAUGGUAUUCAUCAGAGGGUCAAGAAGAAGAAAAUGAGAACUCCCAGAGUACAGAUUGUGAUUGAACAGUAAGACAGAAGAUAACAAAGCUACUUGAAUUUUUGCAUUGAAACAGAGUUGGAAUUCAUGCACUUAUUUUUAAAAAACAGGACUAGCACCAUAGCCUAUACCUUCGUACUGAGGAUUCAAUAUAUUACCUUCCAGCAACAAAAAGUUUAAUUUUGUGACAUUGUCUUUGUUGGUCAAUAACUUAACAUCUAUCCGUCCAAAUUAAUUUGACAAAUUAUUUAAAUGUUUUAAAAUGUCUGUUUGCACGUCCAAAGGCUUAUUUGUGGGGAAUUAAUGAUGAGAGGGACAAAAUUGUUUAACGUGUGUGUUGUAUGUAUCAUAGCCUUGGAAGCUCCAGGAUACAUUCUGGGAUUGUGCACGUCCAUUGAGGAAUGGUGUUGUUAGUUAGUUAAACUGGACUCUGGUUGCCAUGCAAAUCAUCUUGGGCAACAAAAAGAAAAAUCUAUAUCUGGUAUUCUAUUUUGUGUUUAAGAAGUAGAUAUCACUGUGAUAUUUUCAUUGGUGCUGUAUUGAAUGUAUCUGUUAUUUUGGGGUUAGAAGCUGAUGGGGUAGAUAAGUCUUUUGGAUAUAACUAUGAAGAACAUUAUUCAGCAUUUUAAGACUUGCCAGGGAUGUAUAAAUGUAAACUAAACUCAAUUGUUCAAAGAUGAAGUAUUUAUCAUGAAUGUACCAAUUUAGCUGCUUUUGUGCUUGCUGUCAUUUGAAAUGUAACAUUUGAAAUGGUUUGGCAUAUUUUGGAAAGUUAGUAGACUAUUUGUGUUAGCAGACUAUUUAAUUAUACUGGAUAGCAAUUACUGAACUAGAACUUCAACUAAAUCAAUCUGCCGAAUGCCAUUUGAUUUAUAUUAAAACAAGAUUUGCUAUAUUUAGACAGUCCAGAGUAGGAAUUGUAAAAUGUAAUUUAGAAAACCUUACAAUCAAUUCAGUUAUUUAUUUGUUGUAUUUGAGUUUGAUUAGUAUCUUGACUUUUUAUAUUUUAGGUGCAAAAUCAUUUCCUUUUAGUUUUAAAUACUAAUAUAAUAGUGUUAUAUCCUACAUACUGCAAUGUAUGCAGUUAAGUUAAACUGCUGCACAAACCAAAAUAGUUUGGGUUGAGACCGAAUAGAAAAGAGGAGAAACCUACGUUGAGUAUUUGAGUAUUUGUAAAUGUACUCUUUGGAUAAGCCAAAAUGAGCUUAUUUACUAAUGCAGCAAGAUCGGUUUUGCAUUGCAGGGUUUAUAUGUUUCAUUUGGAUGCAAUGCCUCUGCUUAAAUACAAUUAUUGAGCCCAUAUCAGGCAGCUGUUACCAAUUGGGUGAUAGCUUAACUGAGGCUAUAAGCAAACUUGUUCGGCAAAUAAUAAAAUCAAAAGAAAAAUAUUACUGUUUGCAACAGUGUGAGACCAGCCUGACUUGGUUUUAAUCCUUAUAUAUUGUUUAAUUUUCAAGUUCCAAUCUACUUUUUCUAAUAGACCUCAGCCAAACUUUGUAUGAAGAAUGAACUUUUAUGAAAGCACAUUUUUAAUUAACCAACUAAUUUGGAACCCUUUUAUUUUUGAGGCUGUCUGAAAUUACAGCAAGUCUUUAAUGUCAUUUUUGCUUCUGCUUGUUCUCUGUAGAAAAUGUGAUUAGAUUCAAAUAAUGAAACAAUUUCCAGGUAUGAUCGUAUUUCAAAGAUGAACAUUGGCAGAGAAAGGGAUAUUUAGAAUAGAAAAUGAAAUGCUUAAAUAGACACAUCACUUCUAAAUUCCUAAUGAUGGGGAGACUGAUAUUUAAUAAAGAUUUCUAUGCUAUAUUGUUCUGAAAGGUUAGGUCUGAGAAAUUCUUGUUAUCUGAAUCUUGAGAGUGCACAGAAAUUAGAAAAAGGAGUAGGAACAGGCUUUUUGACCCUUCAAUCUGCUCUGUCAUUCCACAAGGCCGUCAUUGAUAUACCUCAACAUCACAUUCAUACCAUGUACCUUGAUUCCACUAAUAUUGGUCUCUGUUUUGAAUGUUGUCAAUAACCGAGUCUCCAUAACAUUCAAGGAUAACAAAAUCCAAAAGUUGCUACUCAUUUCAAUCCUAAAUGGUUUAACCUUAUUUUGAGACUGUGACCCCAAGUUUGAAACAUUUCAAUCAAUGGUCAUUUUCUCUAGUAUCUAACCUAUUGAGGCUUCUUAAAAAAAACCCCAAACAUUUAAUUGAUGUCACUUCUCAUUCUUAACUUAAACGAAUAGAAGCUAAGACUACGCAAAUUCUCCAUUAGACGUACCAUGGAAGGAAAUAAACCAAAGUUUUACACAAUAAUUUGCUUUCCUAAUUGUCUGCUGUACUGCAUGCCUUGUCAACAAGGACAGUCAGCUCCCUUUGAGUAUUAAUAUUUCCCAUUUGCUCACCGUUUAAAACAUACUCAGUAUUUCCAUUUUAUCUACGUAAGUGGAUAACCUCACUUUAUUGAAUGGCACUGUAUAUGGCACACUUAGCUUGUCUACAUUCCCUUCUUACUAUUCACAUUCCACUUGGCUUUCUAUUAUCUACAAAUGUAGAAAUGUCACAUUUGAUCCAUGCAGCCAAGUUACAGAUAUAGACGUGUGUUGUUGAAGCUCUCAGAUUUUUGCUAUCCUCACUAGUUGCAGUGCCACCUUGAAAAUAACCCAUUUAUUCCUUCUCUGAAGAGGAGUGCCACCCGAAACGUCAUCUGUCCAUUUUCUUCACCUGCUGAAUUAUGCAGCACUUUUUUUUGCUCAAGAUCCCAGCAUCUGCAGUUUCUUAUUUCUAUAUAUUCAUGUUUGUUUUUCUGUUAUCCAAUUCUGAACCCAUCCUUGAAAUCCAUGAAUUCUGUCCUUGUAUUCUGAUCAACGUCUUGUAGGGUGUUUAUUAAAAGUCUUCUCAAAUCCAAAUAAAUCUGCCUCAAAGAACUCCAAUAGCUUAAUCGAUCGCUAUUUCCCUUUCAUUAAUGUUGGUACUGUGCGAUCGUACUAUAUUACAGAUGUCUUUAUUAAAGCAUUUAUUAUAGAAUCCAGCUGUUUCUCUACUUCUGCUGGAGCACAAUGCACUAAGAUGCUGGUUUAAUAAAAAAGACACAGUACUGGAGUAACUCAGUGGGUCAGGCAGCGUUCCUGGAGAACAUGGAUAGGUGAUUUUUCAGAUCGGUACCCUUCUUCAUACUCGAAGAUUUACCCAAAAUGUCACGUAUCCAUGUUCUCCAAAGUUGCUGUCUGAUCAGUUUGCCAAGGCUUUUUUUUUCCUUCCUCUCAAUCUUCUUAAAUAAGAAUGUUUGCUACAUUCCAAUCUGAAGAGAUGUCUAGAAUCUUGGAAGAUGAUAACCAGAGCAUCCAAUUGCUCCAUUGUGGUCUGUUAGUUUUCAGGUAUAUUAAAAUAUUCAAUUUUUUAAACAUUUCAUCACUUGAUUGACCUGGUUUUCAAAUAUUUUUGGAGAAGUCUUUGUCUUCCACGACAGCACAACAUUUUAAUUGCACAGGUAUUUGCUUUGUUCGGAUCAUAACUUUUCCCAUCUGUUUGUUUGGGUCCCACAAGUUCUCUUACUUUUUGAUGCAAUUUAUGUCUAAUAGAUAGAAAGGAUCUAUCUUGAGUUUCUUUUUGGAUGGGGAAUUUAAAAAGAUGGCCGUUUUGUAAAGAUUGUUAAUUUAGUUUCAUGAGGGGUGGCUCAGCUGUGUUCUCGGUUCCUGUGACCAGGUUCAAUCCUGACUUCUGGAAACUGUCCGUAUAGGUUGCUUGUUCUCCUUGUGACUGGGUGUUCUGAUUUCCUUCCACAUCCUAGUUAAUUGGCCACGAUAAAUUGCCUCCAGUAUGUUUGUGAUAGUAGAAUCUGGGGCAGUUGAUGGGAAUGUAUGGAGAAUAAAAGUAGGUUUCGUAUAGAUGGGAGCUUGAUGUUUGGUGUGGACCUGAUGGGUCGAAGGGCCUGUUUCCAUGCUGUUUGACUAUAAUUCAUUUGUAGAUUUACUCCAUCACAAAUAUUGACAGUUGGCUGUGAGUCUUUAAAGUAAGUUACAAACAUUUUUUGGUGAAUAGGAAUUUAGUUGGAAACUGCAUGGAAUUGCAAUAUUAAAUUCAAAAGGUAUUAAAUUAGGUAUUUGCUGCUAUCUUGAUCAAAGUAGAAGCAUGAUAAAUCAUGCAGUGCUUAGUGCGUUAUUAUAAUGUUUGUAGAAUGUGUACGAUUUGACCCUUUGUCAUAUUUUACAAAAUCCUUAUGGAAUUACAGCUAAAUGCACCAUUCAGUUGUAAUAGAGCUACCCCCAAGGUAUAAUCACAAUCAAAUGUUUUGCUGAUUUUGUCCAGGGCAUUAGUGAGGUACAACAUUAGGCUUUAGUAUUCCUAGAAUUUCAAUGUGCCAAUGAAAUUGCACAUGUUUAGCUGCAUGAAUACAAGGUUGUACUUUGCUGUAAGGCUCUAAUGUUUAAUGAAAUGUGAAACAUUUCAAGUGAGUCUGUGGGGCUGAUCCUGCCCCUGCAACCAUAACCAAGAUGAAUCUUUACCUAGAAAACAAGAAUGAAAUUACAAUAAAUUCUUAUCACGAGCAUUUAUUAAUUAAAUAUGUGUGCUUUUUGUGCCAGUUUUCUACAAAAGAGCUGACACAUAAUUUCUUAGGGUCUUUUAUUCAACUGAGCAUUAUUCAUGGGAUGAGCUGUAAUAAAUGUUCCACUAAGCUAUUUGACAGUGGUGGAAUUACUCGCAUGUAUUCUUACAAAAAUUGCUGCAGAGUAAUAAGUUCAUAAAUUACAGGAGCAGAAUUAGGCCAUUCGGCCCAUCAAAUCUACUCUGCCAUUCAAUCAUGGCUGAUCUAUCUUUCCCUCUCAACCCCAUUCUCCUGCCCGUCCUAUAACCCCUGACCCUGGUACUAAUCAAAGUAAUAGGGCAUAGAAAAUCAGCAUCACAUUGUUUGCUUCAUGAUCCAGGAGAUUAUGUUAAUUCCAAAUAACACAAGACAUUUCAUGUUAUGGGAUCAAGUUUACAACUUUUUUGGUCAUGGUGAGCCAAGUCCUUGGGGAAAUUAGACCGAUUUUCCCCCCACUAAUUUUCCAAAAUAUUUAAAAAGAAAAUUACAAUUUAUCUUGGAAUUUGAUUUGGAUGUUUUAUUUUAAUUUUUCAAUAUAUUAAAAGAUAUACCUUUAAACCAAUUUGUAAUUAUUUGUGAUCUUCAUACAUGGAUACCGGGGAUAAUUUACUGAGGCAGCAAGUUCCCACGCUGCUAAUCUCUGAACUUGGAAGAAUUACGUGCUUUUCCUCUACAGUGUGUCACAACUGCAACAAACUAUCACUUGAUGUUGGAGGAAAACAGAUCAGGUUUUAGUUUAGUGUUUCCACUCUUGUCAAUCUUCAGUAAUCAGUCUUGCACAGAAAACCGUUUAAGAGCAAUUAGUGCUGGACUACCAUUGUUUUUUGAUGAUGAGCAAUCUUUAAAUUAUUUUAAAUUACAGAAUGUUAAAUGUUCCUUUUAGAACAUUGACAAUUUUGUUGUUUUAUAAAUAAUAUUUUCUUUUAAUUACUCAAUUGCCCACUUUCCCCACCCAUUGAUGUGUCCUCCCCCACUUCCUGGUUAAUCGGUUUCCAAUUGAUAAUCCUAAAUUUUGUAUGAGAAGGAACUGCAGGUGCUGGUUUAAACCGAAGAUAGACACGAAAAGCUGGAGUAACUCAGUGGCCCAUGAAGCAUCUCUGGAGAGAAGGAAUGGUCAAAGUUUAUGGCCAGAGAGAAUGACCCUUCUGAUCCGAAACAUCACCCAUUCUUUCUCUCCAAAGGUGCUGCCUGUCCCACUGAGUUAUUCUAGCUUUUUGUGUCAAUCCUAGAUUUUGAAACCAUUAACAUAAAGGUAAGGCAGUAGAGUAUUGAGCCUGAGAUCAACUAGUUUUCCCAUUGUGACAUCACCAUCAGUGCAGCAAAGAUAAUGUAACACUGUCUCUCAUUCAUAUUAUUUUUUUCUGUAUUAGUAAUGGAGUAUUUAAAAAAAAAAUACAAAAGUUGUAUUUGUUUUUAGAUAAGCAUAGCUCUGAACCCUUUGAAUCUAGACUCCAUGUUCCUUUCACGCAACUUUUUAUUUUAUCAAGAAUCAGUUGUCCAUUUUCUCGACAUUAUUUCCUGAGGAAUUUAUAAAGAAGGAAAACAACAUAAGGUCUGUUGUUAAAUGGAAGCAGCUUUGGGUAUUUUUGGAAAAGCUUAAUGAUAUUAAAACAUUACGGGGCCAAUCACGUGAAUGUGUAUAUUAUAACAGUUCAUGAAUCUUCGUGUGUGCUCCUGUAAACAGCAUAUCUGGAUAACAUGAGAAUAGUUAUAACUUCUCUUGAAUAUUUAGUGAUUCAGCAUAUUGUAAAUAUAGAGUGUACAAAAUGUCCUCUGCUUCUAAUUCAUGUGAGUGGGAAAUGAGUAGCUUUGGAAAUUUAACUUUUAUGCGGCUGAAAGAAUAAACCACUAAAAAAACACUGUGCAAUAAGUAUCGUUCUAAAGGCUUGUGUUCUAAAUAUUUUCCAAUGUUUUUGUGCAUGUGAAAUACAUGAUCUGCCAGAGAGAAUGUUAUAUUCUUUGAGGUUGUUCAAAUCCAAGUGGUUCAGCUAUUUUAGGAAAUUUAGAUAUCUUCAUAGUAUCUUGGUCAGAAUCUGCUGUAUUAUAAUUCAUUGGUGAGCAAGAUAAGUGCGAAUAAAUGAUAAUUUUCAUAUUAUAUUGUUUCUUCUAAGCAAAUGUUAAUAUUGGAAAGUUUUAAACUUUGUUACUUUGAUUGCACUGGUUAUUAGUUAAUACACUGAACAUAGGCUAGAGUGAAUAAUUGGUUUUAUUUACUUGUGCUGUGUUUUGGGACUACUCCAAAAGAGAGAUUAAGAGAAAUAUGUACAUAUUUGAAAUGGAACAGAAGAUUUUAUUGUUAUUUCAGAGAAUUUCAGCAUACAGCAAAUUCAAUUCUUGGAACUAGUUAAGAAAUACUACGACUGCACUCCUAAUUGAUAGAAAGCACUGAGAGGGGUGUUUUACAUAGCAGAUUUACUAUUGCCAGUUAUACAGUCCUCACAAUUAGUUUUUUUUGCUGAAUAAAAUACAGCAAACCAAACUUCAGCCAGUCAGAUGCAUGGAUAGAUUAUAAAAUUACUAUUGGAUGAUAGAUAUGUCAGAAUUAUACUACAAAUUUCGAGAGGCGCAACACAAUUUCCUUGAUUAUUAUACCAUUAGCAAAUUUUGAUCUGUUUUCAUCAAGUGCAAGCAGAUACCAGGCAUUGUGUAGUGAAGCACUCCAAGGCAGAAACCCAACGUAUUAUUCCCAGUUACUUUCAUAACAUUUUAAUGACAUAUUUGGAGGUUUAUUAAGCUUUUGCAUUUCUAUGCUUUUGUAAUUGUAAAUAUUUGUGCGCUAAUUCUUAAUGUCCUGCAUAAAGCAAAGUAACAUUUUCAUUUGAAGCUCAAAGACAAAGCACUGACAAUGUAAAUUUACAUGUGAAGAUCUGUCUUCUAAAUAAACUGCCCUUAGCUGGGAAUAUUUGAU